GGUGUACAAUUGCGGGAAAGGAAGAAGAUGGGACAUCGGUUCGAUAUGAUUUUCUGCGAAAAUCGAGUUGGCCACGAUGAAACCAUUGAGUAUGGCGCUUCUGAAGUCGGAGGACUUUACGAUGGGAACCAAGGAACCAAAAGGCUGGAGGAAGGUUGCAAAAAAUUACCCAAGUGCCUGAAAGACAUGUUGAAUAAUUUGUUGUUGAAAAAAGAUAAUAAAUCAAGGAAAACCCACAUCUCGAAUGAUAUUUCUGGCUUUGGUUCAACAGUCCUACCUGCCAUUUAUUCUGCUUGGAUUGCGAAGGAAGUUGUUAAGGAUGUACAAGGCGCUUUAAUUUCAUCCGUUGGUUGCGAUGAUGUUGGAGACUCAAGCUGGCUGGACAAUUAUUGGGAUGAAGAAGGGAAGGAUGAUAUUGUGCCAGAAACAUUAACGUCGAGUGGUCUUCGAAUUGGCAAAAAAUUUAAAAAAGCUUGA